AGCGAUUGUGCUGAGUGGGAGGGAGGAGUGGCAGCAGCUCGAGCCCUUCGUCCCUUCGUCCCUUCGUUCGUUCAUGACCUAGCGAGAGAGAAAGCGAGCGAUCCAUACGCAGGAGACAGAUUCAGCCCACGCUCUGCUCUCUGCUGCACAGAGGGAAGGCAAUCGAGACACCGAUCGCAGAGAAGCAGAGAUGGCGGGUGCAGGCCCGUAUUCCGGUACCAGUACCUUGGCUCUGGUAGCGCGAGUCACCGCAGCCACAAUUGGAGUGGCCUAUGGAACGAUAAAGCUUGCUGUUUUGAAGUCGCAGGCUGCUUCGCAACGUAAGCAUGCUGCGAAGGUUUGAAUCUGCGUGGACAUGAAUGUGCCCUGGCGGUUGUCUUCUAAUAUGUAAGGAGUCAGCAUGAUGCCUGCGAGCUCAAAAAGGGUCUGUAGGCAUCCCACAUGCAGCUCAUUAGCCGCAUGUGUUUUGUAUACGGUCACUGGUGUGGAUGGAAUUUGCAUUUACCAUUGCUAGCAAUGGUGUGCUAAUGUACUCUGCCUCAGCCUGUUUUGGUUGCCGCCCAUUCAUUUGAUGAGAUGCGAGGCUUUGCAAGCAGCAGGUCUCUUUAGUCGUGGGGUUGCACUACAGGAAUGCAGCGCUUUGUACUGCGAGCAUGCUAGAUAGGAGUCGAGAGUACGUUUUUCGUACGGAGAACAUUACUUUGAGAAUUGAAGUUUUGACUACAGAGGAAACCUCCAAAUAUUAAUAAUGAUAUGGUGCGAAGCAACUGAAAUCCAUCGAGCAUUUUGAUCCGCUUGUGCUCGGUUCAUAACGCACCAUUGGAUUUUCAGCUGGUCUCAGCUUGUUGAACUCAUGUCUGAAGCUUUGCCCCUGCUACCUCGUGAUUCUGGCAUUUGUGAGUCGUUGUUAUGUUCCUUUGCACCAUGGAUCCGCCUUCCACGUUGGACCAUCCAGCUACAACCACAACGCUCGCAAGUGCUGUCUUUCAAGAGAUCACUCUGAGUAUAUAUAUUCAUCUAGUUUUAUGGAAGAUCAAGAGUUUCCACAGCUUACUACGUCGUCACAGCUUACUACGUCAACACAGGGCGGAAUACAAGAGUGCAUCAGCUAGCGGGUUUAUUAGCGAGAAUAUUUGCCCGUACACUUUUCGGUGGAAAAUUUAGACCGUGUAUCUUAUAUUUCAGUGUGGCAGCAAGAACAGCG